GCAUUACUAAUUUUACUUGUGGCCCACAUGGUUCGGGACACGUUGUGAAACUCUUGCACCUGACGGGAUUGCUUGUCAUUAUCUACAGACUGAUGCACAGCUCUCUUCUUCAUGAGGCAGCAGAAAAAACAUCAUUUCUCAGCAGUCUAAGCUGUUCUCAUCCAGACUCAAACCGAAGCAAGUGACACUGGAUCCGUGUAUGUUUUCUUCUCAAAUCGCCAUGGAUAAACAGCCCACUGUGGUGUUUCGAAAUGUUGGACAACUGUACUUUCCCCAAACCCGGGUAGAGUGCCACUACAGCCUGACCUCAGAGCAUCAGUGGAGCAGCAGUGACUGGAUAGGGAUUUUUAAGAUGGGCUGGUCUUCCAUCAAACAGUAUUACACAUACACUUGGGCUCUUGUUCCUGAAGGUUAUGCUGAGGGAACCAAUGUCAACUACUGUGCACUUUUCCCAGCUUCCUACCUGCCCCGCCCCAGUACUGUGGAGUACCAGUUUAUAUAUGUGGACAAGAAUGGAGAGGUGUGUGCUCGUAGUCGGCCCUUCACAUUCUCUGCUCCCAAACCUCUGGAGGAGCUGGAGACUCUGAAAGAGGAACAGGAUGCGGAGGAUGGAGAGGAGGAGCUGCUUCUUGUCAUCCCCAGGGCUCAGCUGCUGCAGGGUCGGCUGGAGGAGUGUUUAAAAAAGCAGGCUGAUUUACAGCGAGCUCUGGACACUGCAACAAAGGAGACUGAGAAUGAGAAAGAAAACGGAAAAAAAGCCAGGGUCGAUUGGGAGUGUGAACGAGGUGCAAUGAUUGAGGAGAUCACUGAACUCAGAGAUCAUCUGAGACAGAGCUGUGAGAUGCUGAAGAAGAUUGAGGGAAAACACAAGGAUGCAAAAUACGGUCAAGAAAAUCUAUCUUCUGAACUGGGUAAACUGGUGACUGAGAGGGCUGAGAGAGAGCAGCAAAUCAAAGACCUAGAGGCUGAGAUCAAGGCUCUGAUUGACAGGGAGAAGGAGAGAAACAUGGAGCUGGAAAGGUUGAAAGACAGAGUGAAGAAAAUGUCCAGUCAAAUGAAACACGAUGAGGAAAAGAGAAAGUCCCUGCAGACUGAGAACGACGCUGCUCUGGCAGAGGUGCGAGGGCUGCAGGAGCGUCUGGAGGCCAGUGACCACAUGACUGAAAACCUGCGUAGGGAGCUGAGAGAUAUGGGAACCCGACAAGGCCAUAUCCAUACUGAGCUGCAUCAGGCCCGACUGCAAGUGGCCCAGCUCACCCUGCAGCUGUCUGAGGAGAACCUGCUCCUCAGGGAGGAGCGAGCCAACUGGGCUCUGGAGAGAGAAGCAUACAAACAUGUGGCAGAAAUUGACAAACGGAAAUUACAAGAUCUGAGCAGUGAGGUGCAGAGGACUGAACAGUGGCUCCAGGAGGAAAGGACGGAGAGGGAGAAACUGGAAGCAGAGCUCUCAAGAGAGAAAGAUUGCAACAAAGUGCUGCUGGCUGAUGCCAAGUAUGAGCUGCAGGAACUGAGGUCCAGCCUGAGGAAGCUGCAAAAAGAAAGGGAGGAGGAACAACUUGACAAGCAGGAUCUGGUGAACUACAUCCGUCACUUAGAGCAGAGGUUGGAAACUGAGCCAGAAAUGAAGUCAAACAACGUAGUCUCCACAUGCAUCACUCCUGACUCUGACUCUGAGGACAAGGACAUUUCCCCCGCUUCCUCCAUAUCACCUCCCUUCGUGUCUGUUCACCAGGAGCAGCCCACCUGGGCUGAGAGUGAAGGGGACACAUCCGCCUCUGACACGCAGGAGAAGAGGCAGCAGAGUGAAACCACAGCUGGUGAAGGGAAGCAACUGUUCCUACCAGAACUCAUCAACCCCAUCCUGAGUGAGCUGGCUGACUCCCCCAUGUGGUAACACAAGAAGGAACAGAUUUAGGCUGCUUGAGUGCCACUGCAGAAAAACUAGAAUAUUUUGUGAUCAUUCUCCUGUUUUGUAGAAUAUUUAUAGUCCAGAGCUUUUACCUCAAGAGUUCCUGUACUGAACAAAAACAUAGCAAGCUUUUUAUUAAGUCUUAACUCAUUUUUUUUCUUGAUUUCUAGCUUUAGAGCUGAUUAUGAUGUGGAUAUGUUUCAAAUGUUAGUGUGAGAAAUAUUACGAUGAUUAACGUGAAUUUAAAGGGGAACUAUAUGCUCAUUUCUAUUUCAUAAAAAAAGUUCAGUUUAUCUUCUUUUUGAAACAAGCUGUUCUUUGUUAACCCUCCAUUGGGUGAGGAACUGUUUUAGAUAACUUGAAUUUCUACAUGAAAAUGAUAAGUGCCCUACAAUAACACUCCAAGGUUGAAAUUUUGAAUUUCCAAGCAUUUCAGUGAGUGACAGCUGUGAGCGCAACCUUUCUUCUUACGAGGUUGUGAAUCAGCUUUGUUUGAGGUUGAGUUCACCAGGUGUAAAGUGGCACUGAUGGCUGUUCAUUUUUUAUUUUCUCAUUUAGUUCUUUAUUUUCUUUGUAAUUUAUAAUUUUCUGCGGCGAAUGUUGAUAUUCUAACUGUUUCUAGACGCCAGCCGUUGUCUGGGAGUGUUUUUUUCUUACAACUCAUGGUUGAUGCGACCCAGCUUUCUGAGCUUCGUGGGUUGUAACCACAGGCUCACGAGUUGCAUUUGGAGGCAGCAUUAACUAAGAUAAGAUAAGAUAAGAUAAGAUAAGAUAAGAUAAGAUAAGAUAAGAUAAGAUAAGAUAAGAUAAGAUAAGAUAAGAUAAGAUAAGAUAAGAUAAGAUAAGAUAAGAUUAGACACUUUUCUUACACUCAGAGAAACGCACUGCAAAUUCAAUGUAAACGUUUGAGGCUUUAGUAAAACACAAUCCCGGACAAGUUGUUUGUAUUCUGGAGUACAAUUAAAUGCCUACCAUAUUACUCCAGUAGACGGCCUUUCAGAAAAUGUGAGUAUACAGAGAUUAAGAAAGAACAAUUGAACUUUGUGAAGAUGACUGUGUCAAUAAAGAAAGUAGAAAAAAACUGGGAACCAGCAGACUAAAGCAUGAGCUUUUGGUUCACAGUGACUACAGUGACAUGGAUAUCACUUCAUUAACCGGACAGAAAUGAUUUUAAUUAGAAACUCAAACUUAACUGUCUACAUGGGUACUAUAGGACAUGCACAUAUUGGACUGUGGAGCAUUGAAUCUGCAGGAAGUAUAAUGAUUAUUAGGCACUAAUAUUCUCCCGUUAAAGGUUUAACUCAUCACCCUUAAUCCUCUCUGGUUGGAUUUCAUUAUUUGAAAGAAAUAUGUAGCAUGUAAACCUAAGGUUGAGUCAUGGUACGGAUGACAGGAAGCAUUAUAGGUCCCCUUUAACAAUCCUGAGCCUCUGCAUGUGAGUGUGACUCGUGUUUUGUCGUGAUCGUGUUUGUGUGUGUAUCAUGGUCAAAUGGGUUGUUUUUCUUUAGCUUGUUGUCAGGCUUGGGGAAUAGAAAUAUUUUAUUUAUGAAGAAGAUAGCAACUGGACACUUGUAGGUCUAAGAACAAAAAGCGCCUUUAUCAAAAUACAAGAAACAACAAAUGAGCAAAUAGUAAGACAACCACAAAAAAGAAGAAGCAAAAUGGUAUGAACAUUUCAUUUAAGUGGAAAAACAAGAACACAUCAUCCCAGGGUUUUGUCCUUCUGUGAGUGUGUAUCAGAGCUAUUUUUGGUACAGGUCAGAUAGAAAUAAAAACUCAAGAUGAGUUGUAUCCCUGAACAUGAAGGUAUUUGCUGUAUUUAUAAAAAAGUAAGAAAUACAUUAAAACAACAGCUAAAUGAGAUAAAAUGAAUCCAGCUUGGGAUCAUGAAAUAUCACAAAAUAAAGAACCCUAAUAGACGGUAUAUUAAUUAAUAUUGUUUCAUUUUUAUUCAUUGUUUUUUUCCAAACGUGAUGUCAUAUCAGUCUUUGGUCUUCUUUUUAAUCAAAGAGUCGAGGCCUCGUGACCUCCUCCAUGGCUUAUUUAUUUAUUGCACCAGCUCAAAUCCAGAUACAGAUAAAAGAAACGGAAAAGCUAUGAAUUCUAAAUAUCAUGGUUACGAGAUGCAGAAACAUCUUUAAACACUAAGCAAAGUUAUGUAUGAAGAAAUUGGCUGAUGGCUGUGCAAAGUACUGAAAGUUUGUCUUUUACCUCGGUUACCAUGUGGUUGCCAUGUUUCCAUCCCAUAAUAGCAAAACGACAACUUGGCAUUCUAAGAAACAGAAUUAUGGCAUCAAUUUUGAUGAUUUAAAACAAACUUUGUGUCCUUGAUGGCUCUUAAAACCGGUGCUGCUUCAAAUCUGCUGCUUACCACGCUAUUUAUUUCUCUCCAGAUAUUACACAUUAACAUCAUGUUAAAAAGCUCAGUUUAUCCCUCAUAUCAGUAAAAUACACAAUUGAUAUGUUGCAGCUGCGUAUCUGCAAAGUUGUCAUCAAGGAUCAAUGUGCUGGCGUCCAGAUAUUUCCUCUGAAAGCAUUGUAUAGUUCAAUAAGAAAUCAGUCACACUGUCAUUACACACAUGAUCAGUUCGUUUUAUACAUCUUCCAUAAAAAGAGUUGUAAAGUCUCAAUAAAAAAACUGUUAUUUUACAAAAUCCA